AUGAUAGGCAGCUUAUUGUAUCUUACAACGUCUAGACCAUAUAUACUACAGUCAGUGUGCUUAGUUGCAAGGUUUCAAGCUAAUCCUAAGGAGAGUCAUCUAUUGGCAGUGAAGAGGAUAUUCAGAUACUUGCAGGAUACAACAGAUUUUGGUUUGUGGUACACAAUGUCCAAAGAUUUUGCAUAUUCAGAUGCUGACUGGGCUAGAUGUGUUGAUGAUAGAAAGAGCACCAGUGGUGGAGCAUUUUAUCUUGGUCAGAGUCUUGUAGCUUGGCAUAGUAAGAAGCAAGAAUCAGUUUCUUUGUCUACAGCAGAGGCUGAGUACAUUGCAGCAACCACUACCUGUACUCAAAUUUUGUGGAUGAAGAGGCAAGUUCAAGAUUUUGGUAUGAAGUGUGAUGGACCAAUCAGCAUCAAGUGUGAUAAUUCAAGUGCCAUCAGUAUCUCCAAGAAUCCUGUACAACAUUCAAGAACGAAGCACAUUGACAUUAGAUAUCACUUCUUGAAGGAGCAGGUUGCUUUGAAUGAAGUGAGGCUGGAUUUUUUUUCCAACAACAGACCAAGUGGCUGA